AGUCUACUUUGAACUUCGGUCGGUAACGGACGCGCGUUUAUGAGAACUAUCGCUGCAUCAGUUUCACUCGGUAGUUUAGAGUGCGGAUUUUAACCACACUGUAUAUUUAUGUUGGCAGUGUCUCGGAUCUGAGAAAAACCUGCCCAAUAGCAUCAUUGCCGCCCGCCAUCGCCGCUGCAGAACGGCUGCUUCUGCUCGGACUGUGCGAACAUACACACACGGCUUGUUUGCACUAUUCGGCUCUGUUUGUUAUGUUUAGCCCGGGAGAGGACGCUGUGUGUUUCGUUGGUUUCUGACGAUUGUUGAGUCUCCGGGAUUAUAGUUCGACCUAAUUGCAAACCACUGUUCUUGGUUGGGUGCAACGAUUCACGAUUUGGAGUUCAGUGAGUUCGACAGACCACAUCGGAUGGACAUGGAUCGCAUGUUGCAACGUCAAUGACGAAGAUUUUGUCGCUUGGGAAGAUAUCGUGACACAUUUGAACGGUGUUUGGAGAAGUGUGAAAGAUAACCCAGUGAUUGGAUGAAAUUCAAAAAGUUUAAGUGAACAAGGUCGACUAGAAGGAGUUGACUGGGUACAAAAAGAGAAGAUAAAUUCACGCAAUAAAAGUGCGCUCGAAGCAAAAAUUAAAGAUGCACAAAGAAUGAAAAUAAUGCAAAAAGUUAUGAUGCGAGUGAUCAGUUGGCUCCGUGCACUGAGAAGAGAAGAAUAAGUUUUUACCAAGUUCCAAUCAACAGACUAUUAAGCUUCACAAAAAUCAUUGCAUCAGUGAAGCCACGAGAAAAAAAUCCACAAUCCAACAUAAUUCGCAGCGAGCCGUCUCAUAUUUGUCAUUUACACGCUUAUGGUUUUGCAUUCAAAAAGUCUUGCUGCAACAAUAGGCAACUCGGAACGACAACGGUUUGUGCAUCAUUGCAUGGAGAGCCGAGUUGGAGAAAAAAAGCGAAAAAAUUAUCGGAAAAGUUCCUCAUACAUAAAUAGCAGCACCGCGUCUGGGUUUUGCGAAUCGAGUUCCAUGCAUAUUUAUUCUGCCGCCAUCAAAUAAUGCAUAAGGGGGAGGAGCUGCAGCAGAGUGCGUGCGUGUGCUAUAUUGAAUAAAGUCCUUUCCGUGUAUCGAUUGGGGGAUAUCAAUUAUAAAUUGGCUCAGCCUAUGAAAGUGUGUCUGUGUGUGUGCGCGUGUAAAAGGAUAACCGGAAAAAGCGGAAAAUAUUAAAUUUGCAAAAACCGAGGCCGACUGCGACGGGGAAAAGAAUGAACCGUCAGAAAAGUAUGUAAAUUAUUCCUUGGUGGGAAGUUUGUUUUUUGUUUUAGUUUCGAUUCCACCCACCGAGUUCCUGUAUUGUAUGCAUGAACCCAAAUCGGCAAUAGCGGUGAAUUUAUGAAUCUUCGGGGAAUUCCUAUCGGAAAUUGAAUAUUUUCGUUGAAAUUUGCAAGUUAUUUGCCUCCUGCUGCCGGCGUUGCUGCCAAGUGACCAAUAGAGGGGCAGCUGGGGAUCGGAGAAGGCGUCUCGGCACCGGUGAAAUACCUUGGCCGGAAGCAUGAGUAUAUCGAGGCCAGGGAAACCACUGGCAUUGGCCGUCGAAUCAGUGGCACUGGGUUCGGUUUCGGUCCUGCUGCUACUGUUGCUCCUGCUCACUGGAGUGCGAUCCGAUUAUGAGAAUACCUGGAACUUUUACUACGAACAACCGUGCUGUGGAGGAAGCAGCAAUGGACAGCACCACCUGCGGCACCAUAGGGAUCAUGUGCGGGAGUUUCAGUGCGGGAAGUUCUACUACAGAACAUUCUACCUGGACGAGGAGCGGGACUCCCUCUACGUGGGGGCAAUGGAUCGAGUCUUCAGGUUAAACCUGAAAAACGUCAGCAUGACGUCUUGUGAGAGAGACGCCAUUGUAUUGGAUCCUUCUAGCUCGGACAUCCGAAAUUGCGUAUCAAAAGGCAAAAGUGAGAUGUUCGACUGCAAGAAUCACAUACGGGUGAUACAACCGAUGGACAAUGGAAAUCGGUUGUAUAUCUGCGGUACGAAUGCGCACAAUCCGAAAGAUGUGGUGAUUUAUUCCAACCUCACCCAUCUAUCACGGUCGGAAUUCGUGCCCGGAAUCGGGCUGGGCAUCGCCAAGUGCCCGUACGACCCGCUGGACAAUUCAACGGCCAUCUACGUGCACCAGGGCAAUCCCGGAGAUUUACCCGCACUGUACUCCGGCACCAAUGCGGAAUUCACCAAAGCCGACACGGUGAUAUUCCGGACCGAUCUGUACAACAUGACAACCGGCAAGAAGGUGUUCAACUUUAAGCGCACCCUGAAAUACGACUCCAAGUGGCUUGAUAAGCCCAACUUUGUCGGAUCGUUUGACAUCGGUGAGUACGUCUAUUUCUUCUUCCGGGAGACGGCCGUGGAGUACAUCAACUGUGGCAAGGCGGUUUACUCGAGGAUUGCCCGCGUUUGUAAAAAGGACACCGGUGGCAAGAACAUCCUGAACCAGAACUGGGCAACGUAUUUGAAGGCGCGCAUCAACUGCAGCAUCUCGGGCGAGUUCCCGUUCUACUUCAACGAGAUUCAGGACGUGUACCAGCUGCCGUCAGACAAGUCCAAAUUCUACGCGACUUUUACAACGAGCACCAAUGGGCUGGUGGGUUCGGCGGUUUGCAGUUUCGACAUCGGGGAAGUACAUGGUGCCUUUGCAGGUAAAUUUAAGGAGCAAGCUACAUCCAACUCCGCCUGGCUUCCGGUGUUGAACUCCAAGAUUCCGGAUCCACGACCGGGCACGUGCGUCAACGAUACUUCCACCCUGCCGGAUUCGGUGCUGAACUUCAUCCGUUCACACCCACUGAUGGACAAGGCCGUGAAUCACGAGCACAACAACCCGGUCUUCUACAAGAGGGAUUUGGUCUUCACAAAACUGGUUGUGGACAAAAUAAAAAUCGACAUCCUCAAUCAGGAGUACACGGUCUAUUACAUCGGAACCAAUGCCGGUCGGAUCUACAAGAUUGUACACUAUCUGUCGAACGGAGAGUCCAAAUCUAAGCUGCUGGAUAUUUUCGAAAUCGCUCAAAAUGAAGCGAUUCAGGUAAUGGAGAUCAGUCAGACGCGGAAGUCGCUGUACGUGGCCACAGAUUAUCGUGUCAAGCAGAUCGAUUUGGCCAUGUGCAACCGAAGGUACGACAGUUGCUACCGGUGCGUCAAGGAUCCAUACUGCGGCUGGGACAAGGACACUAGCACGUGCAAGCCGUACGAGUUGGGAUUAUUACAGGACGUGGGCAACGAAACGUACGACAUUUGCGACACCAGCGUCCUGAAGAAGAAAAUCAUCGUAACCUAUGGCCAAAGUGUCCAUUUGGGCUGUUUUGUCAAAGUCCCAGAGAUACUCAAAGACCAGUCGGUCACCUGGUAUCAUCACUCGAAGGAAAAGGGACGCUACGAGAUCAAAUACAACCCGACUAAGUACAUCGAAACUACCGAACGAGGCUUGGUUGUGAUUUCGGUGAACGAAGCUGACGGAGGGCGAUACGACUGCCAUUUGGGCGGUUCACUGCUCUGUAGUUACAACAUUACGGUGGAUGCUCACAGAUGCACUCCACCGAACAAGAGCAAUGACUAUCAGAAAAUCUACUCCGACUGGUGCCACGAGUUCGAGAAGUACAAAUCGGCCAUGAAGACCUGGGAGAAGAAACAAGCACAAUGUUCAUCCAAGCAAAACUAUAGCAAUCAGCAUCCUAACGAUGUUUUCCAACGCAAUCCCAACGUCUGAUAUCAAGGACCAAACUUUGACACUUCAACAUCGAAUAGCUUGUCCACUACCUUUGGUAGGGUACUACAAUCAACUAAAUGAACUGUGAUACCCUUAAUGAUCCAAUAAUAAGAAAAAGAAAGAAAACGAAAAUAAAAAAAAACGAGUAGCAUGAACCGCUGUACAGAGAAAAAAAGGAAGUGAAAAGCAAAUAAAUCGAAAUCGGUAUCCAACCGCGGCGCGAUUCACGAGUGUUGUGACAUCCAGGACCAUUCCUUGGACAGUUCGUGCAAUCAGAAGCGGUGGAGAACGUUUCGAGUGGAUCAUUUUUUAUUUAAUUAUUUAAACAAAACAGAAAAAAACACAACUACAGCAGCAGACUUAAAGAAGAAGAAGAAAACAUACGGCAGACAGAAACAUAUUACAUUAUUAGCCAAUUCCAACGAGCUUGCGAGAGAUCAUCAAUACCACACGGAGUAACAAUUGUAGAGGUUGUCAUUUUUCCACGCCCCCAUCCCCCGUUCCUGUAUUUGAAAGUCCAGACGUGAGCAUCAGUAGUAGCAUCGCAUAGUAGAGCAAGAAAUCUGGUAACAAUCCAAAAUCAACCUGAAACUGUAAAUAGGCACUCUUAACUCGACUACAACAAGCAACAUGCACCGCUAGAAUAGAAACCGCCGAAAACCCGUUCGUUAUUGCAAUUUAUUAGAGAAAAAUGAAAAGGAAUGUAUGGAUGAAGCUAUUUGUUUAACUUAUUUUUCAAUUAACGAAUGACGAGAACGAGCCCUAGUUUAGAAGGUAUAUAACAAAACUAGCAUUUUAUCACUUACACACAAACAGGAAAAGCAAUCCAACGCCACGGAAACGCGGAACUCGAAAGACCAACGGUUCUCCGUGAUCAUGUAAAACAAAAUUUAACACUUAAGACAAAUCAAUCCGCGAUAGCCAGAAUCCCAACCUAUAUAAAAAAGUAGCAUCAAUCUUCUCCUAUAUAGCCCUCAAGUUCUCAUUUCCCUCUAACCGAACAGUUUGCAAAUCGAAACUCAUAACACGCUUCAGACCUCCUUUCUGCCCUCGCACUGGCAGACACAAACCCACUACCGAUGCAACAUUUUCUCUCUUCAACUUCACAUCAUUCGAGACAAACCCGGACAGCAAAUUGCAAAAGAAUCUAGAAAUACCGACAGCAAAACAAAACCACGUGAAGUAUUCGGAUAGACGGAGAACAAUUUUGAACGGUGUUUUGGUUGACCGAUGCAAUAACCGCAGACAUAUCACCGAAACCGGAAGUAGCAAAUUGAAACCGACAAGCAAAACAAAACGACAGAAUCGAAAGAAAAAAAAACAUAAAAGUAGGUGAACGAAUAAAACAAACCCACGAGUGGUACGUCGUUAUUUAGGAAUGGAUGGUAAAUGUAGGCACACAGAUCAAAUUUCACUUUGAAGCUGAAGAGAGUAGAAAAAUCGUCAAAAAAAA